AUGGCCGACAGAGCAAACGGCGGCGCAACCACAGAGCGGAGCGGCAGCCACGGCCACAUGGCCACCGAGAGCAGCGAGGACACGUCCCCACGCCCAGGCGAAGCACCAAAGGGCGGCCAGUCCCCCGGCCGGAGGGAGCAGGUGGCGACGACGGACCCCGGCUGCCCAACAGCAACAGAGAAUGCCCCCACCGGUGCCCGCGAGGGAGCGCAGACUCCGGUUCCCACGAGGAGGGGCGCACGCCCGGAAGCGGCAACCGGAGCAGGGCGAGAAGUAGACGCAGGGCCGGUCAGGGAUGCGGCGAGGCCGAAGCGGACGGCCACCCCAGCGCCCAAGCCCCAGCAGCAAGGCCACGCGACCGCGCCGACCGGGGCGAGCAGCGGUGGCCCCGCCCCGUCCCUGCGGCGCGGCCACGCGGGCCAGAGCGAGCGGCGGUGA